AUGGACGAGGAGCAGCAGGCGGAGGAGCGGGUGGCCCGACGGCUGGGAAUGGGCUGUGAGUGCCAGGAUGAGAAGGAGAACAUGCUGCUGAAUACGGAGCACUUCGUCAUGGAUGCUGAUGCUGUUGGUGGCCAUGGUGCAGGGAGCAGUGUGCUACCUGCAUUCCCCAGCACAGCCAGACAAGAUAAAGUUGAGGAUAACUUGGGAAUAGAAGAUAGCGACAGCUCUGUAAGGAAGGUGGAAGAAGAUUUGGGAUACAGCACCCUGCAGGCAACUGGGUCGUCUUCCCAAGGCUCGUUGGUCCUUGAUGGCCAGCAUGACUUGGCCUCUGCAUGUGAACAACCAUCGGAUUUCUGCAGUGACAAAAAGGUUGGAUUAGCACAGGAGCCCACAGGUCAGUCAGGGUCACAAGAGCACUCUGGGAGUCACUGCCCUGCUGGGACUGAAAAGGAGGCAGACAAGGAGCAAACUAAGAAAGCAUCUAGUGAAGUGUCUGGAGCUCCCUGCAGGCAGGAGGAGAUUGGCCCGGCCCCUCACCAAUUCAGAGGUGCUCCAGCCAGCGCUGCAGCUCAGAAUUCCUACAAGGGCUCUUCAGUCCUGGAGUCCAGAGGCAGCUGUGAUGUGGCCAAGGGAAAAAAAUCCUUACCUGUCAAGAAGAAGCCGCGCACCUUCUACAGUGCAGAGCAGCUAGAAGAGCUGGAGAAGAUGUUCCAGGAAGACCACUAUCCUGACAAUGAGAAGAGGCGGGAGAUUGCAGCUGUGGUUGGUGUGACACCGCAGCGUAUCCUGGUCUGGUUUCAGAAUCGCAGGGCAAAGUGGCGGAAAUUGCAGAAGUUGAGUAUUAAAAGCAACAGAAAAUACCCAGCAUCAGCUCUGUCAGUCCCCGUUGGAACAGAGGACUUUGGGGCACCUCCUCUGCCUGUGCCUCAGUUGCCUGACACUGCUGGAGACCAGCCUGCUGUGCUGGGAGGAGACCCUGGAGCUGGGAACGCCUCCAGCUUGUUCAGCACACACCCUGGAUCCACCCCCCCUGCCUCAGCCUCCUCGGUGGCAGGAAUGGUGGCACCCUGUGAAGCACAAGCUCAGAGCAAGGCGGUGCCGCAGCUACACUUCAAUUCCAGCGGCGUGGAGUGCUUCCCUAGUUUUCCCAGCCCCCCUCCCAUCCGCAGGGCCAGCCUGCCUCUCAGCGUGGCCUUCAACCCACACAGCCACAUUGUUCCCCUGAUGCUGGACAUGCCCAGCAGCCAAUGCAGCUUGGCCAGUCAGGAAGAUAGCUCCAGAGAAGCCCUCUCUUACGGCAUCCAGAAUCAAGGCUUCAGUUCACCAGUUUCCUGCCCUUACCCCGAGCAGCUGGAGCCUGCAGACAACCUGGAGGCCGCCUACUAUCAGUACAGCAGCCAAGGGGAAAUGUAUCAGCUCUCCCAGUUCUGUCACCAAGGUCACCUGGCCAGCAAUAUGUUCUCCAGUGAGCACCUUCCUCCUCCAACACCCUUGGAGUCCCAUCCAGCUUUCCCUGAUUUACCUGGCAACAGUGGAGCCAUAACCUAUGGAGCCACACAAGACUAUGUACAAAACCACACGGGGGGACCGCUCAUGCCACAGCAGCCAAAUGGCAAUUCAGCAGACAUUCCUGCCUAUCCAGCUGUGCCCUGGGGCGAUUUCAACAUGCAGGGAGCUCCUUUCUCCAAUGAAUUGCAUUCCCAAAUGCCUUUUUCUAGCAUGGCAGGAGGACAGUACUUCACAGAGCCAUAUCUCCAAGUGCCCAAUGGAACAGUACUGGAAUCCAUGCCACAGACUGGAAGACAAAAGGGAAUGAUACCACCAGAGCAAAGUUCCUACCAGAGCUACCAAACAGAGCUGGAGUUGGCAGCACCCACUGAAAAAGAGGAUGUAGAGAGCAGCAGCAAGAAAGGAGAGACUGUUGAUGGUAACCAGCUGAUUGUUUUCUUGGAGAAGAAGGUGGGGGAGGAAAGAGUUCCAAGACAGCAGUAG